AUGGAUCAGGCACAGUCUCUCAUCUCACAGAAGUCUUCGGACUCGGGUCUGCACAUUCAGUUGCAUCCGCUUGUUCUCCUUACUAUCUCCGACCACAUCACCCGCCAUGCCGCACGGCAGCAGCGAGACCCGAUCAUUGGGGCUCUUUUGGGUCAACAGAAUGGGCGCGAGAUUACCCUGGAGCAUGCAUUCGAGUGCCCUAUUACAACUGAAUCUAACGGCAGGGUACUCCUGCCCGGGGCUUGGUUUGAAGAGCGUGUGAAGCAGUUCAAGGAUGUGCACAAAGACCCUCCUCUCGAUAUUGUCGGAUGGUGGUCAACUGCUCCACCAUCCGGACCGGAUGUCUCGCACCUCCCUGUCCACCGACAGCUUCUCCAGGACUAUAACGAGUCGGCCGUGUUCCUGGCCUUCCACCCCUCUCAGCUCCAAACAAGGCAAGGAGCCAAGCUUCCGUUGACCAUCUAUGAGAGCAUCUUGGAAGGCGAGAAUACCGCUGACGCGAGCAAGGAUAUGCAAAUAGAUGGCGAGGAAAAUAUGAUGAAUAUCCGGUUCCGCGAGCUGCCAUAUUCCGUGGAGACCGGUGAAGCGGAGAUGAUCGGUGUCGAUACUAUUGCCAAGGGAUCUGGAACAGCUACUCGAACUGAGACCGCCAUCCAAGGAACAGCCGCAACCGGCUCUAAGCAGACCAGUGAUAAGGAGACAGAGGAUGGAGAACAGAGCUUACAAGCCGCGCUCUCGCAGGAGGAAGAAGAGUUGAUUGCGAAUCUCAACACCCGCUUAAACGCCAUCCGCACCCUCGAGUCCCGCAUCUCACUCUUCAAAUCCUACGUCUCGAGUAUCUCCACCACAGAAUUGAACGGUGCACAGGACGACCCAUCCUCGCCUGUCCUGUCGCACACUAUCCUCCGCAACAUCAACUCUCUCAUCUCCCACCUCUCAAUCCUCUCGCCUCACGAAGAAAGCGCCUUCACUUCCGAAGUCCUCUCUCAAAGCAACGACGUCCUUCUCGUGUCCCUGCUCGGCCAGGUAGGCGAGAACGUCAAGUCCAUGCGUGAACUAGGCCGCAAGUCGGCUGUUAUUCAAAGCGCGCGCCACGCUAAAAGUGCGCGCCGGAACCCCGCCCUUGCAGAAAGGCGGUUUGAGAAUGAGAUGUUUGCUCAAGGAAUGCCUCCUCCUAGUGGGGAGAGCGUUUAUUCCUGA